UCGAUUCGAAGCUAAGCUGCGUCGCACUUGCUUUGAUGAUAUUUUAAGCUUAUAUAGUGCUGUAAAGCCAGAUAAAAAUCUAACAUAAUGCAGCAGGCUGCUGUAAAUCUUCCAACACGAGUUCGAGUCGGGAGCAGAACAGUCACAAUCCAACAGCGACUUGGCAACGGCGCUUUUGGUGUCGUGUAUAAGGUCAAAGAUGAGGCAAGUUCCACUGUCUACGCGUUAAAAGAUGUUCUUUGUUUGAAUGCCUCGGCUCUUCGUAAUGCUGUCCGCGAGGCUACCACACUAAACAAAAUCUCUCAUCAGAACGUGAUUGCCGUCAUGGGAGCAGACCAGUUUCGAGAUAGUAAAGGUUUACACAUGCUGCUUUUGACUGAGUACUGCUCGGGCGGAAGUUUAAACGACCGCCUUGCUCGACCGAGUAGUGAAGAAAUGAAUACGAAGUGGAUCAGUCAAACAGCCGCAGCUCUUGCACACCUCCACUCACGCGGAGUGGUUCACCGCGAUUUGAAGGCGGAUAAUGUGCUUUUGACCGCAACAGAGGAUGUGAAAUUGGCUGACUUUGGCCUCGCUCGCGAGUACAUCGCACUCAAACGAAUCGAUGUUAAACAAGACGAAGGAUCAUGGCUGACAAGUUACACUCAAUACUACAUGAACUCAGGAGUUGGUCCCGUACACUGGGUGGCUCCUGAAUUCUUCACUGGCCAUUACACCGAAAAAGCCGACGUGUUUUCCCUUGGUACCUUGUUUUUCGCGAUCCUAGAGCGUGAUUUCAUCGUGGUUGAUGGUAAAGCAAUUUACGGUGCCUUCGUAAAUAUUCGUGGUGUGGGCAAACUUGGCCUUGGGCUCGCAAUGGCAAAGGUUGAUAGCGGUAUCAGCAUUACGUUCUCAAGCCGUGCACAAGGGUCCAACGCGAUGCAAAGGGUAGUUCUUGAGGCCUUGCAGUACGACAAAAAUGAUCGACCAAGCGCUCAAGAGAUUUGUGACAAAGUCAUGAACAUUCGUCAAGGUGUAAGGCUCAACCAACAGCACCCGGAAACAGAGACGGGUUCGUGUUGCUGAAUCGGUUCAAGAUGCAAGAACGCUCCUCGCAAGUUGCUGAGAGAACGAAAGUGAGAAAGAUUCAUUUAAACAUACGAAAGUCAAACUAACUAAUCAAACGUUUCUUUGGAAACAAAUAGUUAAUGUCAUAACUGUAUCGGAAUAUACGAUAAGACUUGCAAUUUUGAGCUCAAAAGUUUUGUAGAUAAAAUAGAACGUUUCCAUCAGCUUAGUAGCUCGAAACCAGGAAGAUGACCGUUCUGCAUAAAUACUUCAGUAGUAACAGAAGUCAUCAAGAUCUUUUGCUUACCCUAAAAAUUUGUAUUCAUAUUUUUCUCUGUCUAAUGCCGUUUGUAUUAUUUAAUAGCGUAGCGCAAAUAGAAUCUUUUUUCCUGAAACUAAAGCCAUGUUUUUGAUUUUAUGACAUAUUUUGUAAUGCAUCUUCAAUGUUACAGAUGAAUGCAAAUAUAAAGUUUCCUUGUUAUUCUCAA